UUUACGUUCCACGCGUCCUCCAUUACAAAGUAAUCCUGAGUCAAACUCAAAGAUAGUGACUCCUUCAUAUAAGGUAGGGACUCGAGCUGACGUUCACAACCGAGGGGAUUGGUCCUUCCUUCCUUCCUUCCAACUGAUCCGUGGAAAAUAACAGAAGAGCUAUUGACUUACCGAGAUGCAGUCAAGUAACGAGGAUAACACCAAUUAUUUCUUCAUAGUAAGUCAAUUCAGCCGAGGUAGACUGGUUCUUGAUAUUCAAAAUGGCAAGAAAAGCGGAAUUCUCGAGAUCGUGAAACCAGAACGCGGAAGACCAAGUCAGCUGUGGAGAUGGGAUGAAGGUUGCAGGCUGGUCAGCAAAGUGGGCCUCGUGGUAGACAUCAAAGGUGCGAGUAAGGAUAAAGAAGCCAUCUGUCAUGCCUGGAAAGCUCACGACGGCCUCAGCCAAAAGUGGCGAGUCGAAAAAGGAGCCAUUAGAAGCAACUUGAGUCAUCUCGUCAUCGACGGCUCACCUCCCAGAAAUCAUGUUUUGAUGAGAAGCUUCGAUGAAUGUAACGAAAACCAGAAGUGGUAUUUUGUUCCAGAAGAGGCAUGGGACGAUUUCCAAAUUUCACUGUCAAAAUCAAACCCCCUUUUAAAGGCGCUCUUCUGGAAAAGUGUAGCUGACAAUUAUCUUGAUGUCAUCAUGGGAUACAGUAUUGAAGAGUUCGAGGCUAGAGUCCAUAAAGCUUUUGAAGUCAUAGAUGAGUGUACGAAAAGCCUAGAAGAGGUAGCAAAGGGUACUGGUAUAGCAAGACAGGUCAGUGGAGGUGUGUCAGUCGUUGGAGGUGGGGUUACGUUAGCUGGUGUCUUGUUAGCUCCACUUACAGCUGGUGCCAGUUUGGCCCUCACUACAGGACGAGCUAUCGGUAUGUUUUCAGGGACAGUUGCAGCAUUAGCAGCAAAACUAGUGCAUGGCCGCCUAGACGAGCACAACAGAACGAAAGUCAAUGAAGCCACAGCAUCUCUCUUCUGCGCUACCCACAACUUCCACUCGUUGCUUAAUGAAUACGGGAAGUACCUGAAAGAAGCAGAUGAGUUUUUAGAAAAGCAAAAGCAUGAAACGUGCACAGACUCUGUUGAAGAAAAAGUUGUGGCAGCAGAAGAGUGCACAUUAUCUGACACGGCAAGGACGACCUGCGACCAAGCUGCUAAGAAUAUCUACGGCCAAGUCAGGGAAAUAAAAGGACUGCUUGCGUUUAUGGAGGCCAAUUCUUUAUUGUUCAGAGGAGCGGAUGUCGGAAUUUCCACAAGCGCUGAAGCAUCAGGUGUUGCUGACCCAGUCGUUGAAAAAACUCUUCCAGUUGCUGUAUCAACGGAUUCGAAGGCUUCAUCCGGAUCGUUGGCUGCUUUUGGAGUGCUGAUCGGCGUUCUGGAUAUAUAUUCUGGUGCAAAGGAGAUCACCAAUAGCAGCGAAUUAGCGGAGGAAUUUCGUCAGUCUUCUGAAUGCUUGAGAGAAGAGGCUGAUAGACUGAUCCGCCUUUAUAGAGGACUUCGUCAAAUUGAAGAUAGCAUAGAGUAGUGUUACGGAAAGUCAGCGUUACGCGAUGUAAUUGAUACCAAUCUAGUUUUUCUUUUUUGUAGUGCGCCUCAGAAUUUGAACUGAAACACUGGUCAUGCAGUCAGUGUGCUCAAUUAGAGCUUCAUAACAUUUACACAUCAAUACAUUAUGAAGUAAAAAUAACAAUAAUGAUACCUUUAGAUACUCCUAAUUCGAUGGUUUGACAUGGAGUACAUGUGGAAAUACAUUUUUCAAGUCUCGUAGUAUUUUUGCGAGCUUAGUAAGAACAGGAAAAAAUGCAACAAUUUAACAAGAUGUCCGUUGCGUUAAAUCGUAAACCAUCGUGCAGCUACAAAAGUGAGUUUUGAUAGAAGUGUAACUGAAUGAUCUGGAGAGGUUUUCCGUUUCAGUUUCCUUUUCUGCAUGCUACUGAUUCUUGUAAGUGUAAUUACUAAAUUAAAUAUCGUGUCAUUUAGGUUAAGUUGCUCGUUUGCGGCUCACGAGAGGCACCAGAACGAAUAACAGUCUAUGUUGAUUGACAUUUGGCAUAUGACACAGCAUUACUGAUAACAGAAGGGAUCCGAUGCAAAACGCGACUAAGUAACUGAAAUUAUAUAAGACUAUAAAUAUAUCUUGAUAUGUCAUACUAGUAGGUUUAAAGAGAUCGUGCUGUACAAUAAAAUUUACAGAAUUUAUAAGGCAGGUGCUUCACAAUAAGUCUGAAGAAAUUGAUCAUGUUUUCUUUUUCAUGAACUUACUGGUCGAAGAUGACUUUAUUUUUCUAUUAUUUUUUAUAAUCAUAUGUCUUGUCAACUGAUAUGAUUUUGAUGAGAAAGGUCA